CUACACACCAGAGUGGUCACAACAGUGGAGUGGUCCACAGUGGGAUCUACUACACUCCAGGUUCACUGAAGGCUCGACUGUGUGUUCGAGGAGCAACGUUAGCUUAUGAGUACUUUGAGAAGAAAGGAGUUCCUUACAAGAGAUGUGGGAAGCUGAUUGUCGCAGUAGAGCAGGAAGAGAUUCCCAGACUGAAAGCUCUGUACGACCGUGGCAUGAAGAACAACGUGCGUGACCUCAGCAUCGUUGAUGCCAAGGGCAUCCGAGAGCGAGAGCCUUACUGCAGGGGGGUUAUGGCCUUGGAUUCGCCCUACACCGGGAUUGUAGAUUGGAGGAUGGUGGCUCUCAGGUAUGCCUCAGACUUUGAGGAGGCAGGUGGCACCGUGCGAACUGAAUAUAAAGUCAGUGACAUUUCUACAGUCAAAGAGAGCCCAGCUGGGAGCACUGAAGGAAUUAAAUAUCCCAUUUCGAUCAGAGAUGAAAAGGGUAAUGAAGUGUGGUGCAGGUAUGUCCUGACCUGUGGAGGCCUGUAUUCAGACCGACUGUCACAGAUAUCUGGAUGCAGUCCGGAGCCGAGGAUUGUCCCUUUCAGAGGAGAUUAUCUGGUCCUGAAGCCAGACAAAUGUUAUCUGGUCAGAGGAAACAUCUACCCUGUUCCUAACCCCCGCUUCCCAUUCCUUGGAGUUCACUUCACCCCGAGGAUGGAUGGUGGUGUUUGGCUCGGUCCUAAUGCCGUUCUGGCCUUCAAACGAGAAGGCUACAAAGCUUAUGACUUCAGUGCCCAGGACUUYGCAGAUGCACUCUCCUUCAGGGGUCUUCAGAAGCUGGUUUUGAGGAAUUUAACUUACGGUUUUGGAGAAAUGUACAGAGGUGUUUUCAUUGGUGCACAAAUUAAAAUUCUGCAGAAGUAUGUUCCAGAGCUCGCCCUAAAUGAUGUCCUGAGGGGUCCUGCAGGAGUUCGAGCUCAGGCCCUCGAUCGUGAUGGAAACCUUGUGGAUGACUUUGUGUUCGAUGGUGGAGUUGGAGCCGUGGGCAGUCGGGUUCUCCAUGUUCGUAACGCUCCCUCGCCAGCAGCUACCUCCUCCCUCGCCAUCGCUGAAAUGAUUGCAGACGAGGUUGAGAGCCGAUUCAACCUGUGAUGCAGUGAUCAGAGAGAAAACAAGCAGAAGCCGCCAAUAUCCAGGUCCAUGUCAUCAAGUGAAACCGUGUCCAACUUUCUCAGAGACAUUUUAAUAUGACUGGMCUACAUUUAAUUAAGGAAAAUAUCUUUUUAUGAUUGUUGUCACUGGAGUGCCCUAUCAGGUUUGCAAAAACGCUUUACUGCCUCAUUACUGUAAAAAAAAUACUGUUUUGCACUACAUUACUGUCUAAAAAUAAAGAGCACAAUGAAUAACUA